GCAGGCGCGGCGGCGGCUCGGCAGUAAUGGCGGCGCUGGUGCGUGAUCCCUUGGCUGCGCGGGUGCGGCUAUGGCCGCUGCCCCCACCCGGCGGAGACUGCUCGGUGCGCGGCCUCCUCCGCCACCGCGCCCGGGAGCUGAACAUUCCUGAAGAAAGCUUGUAUGUGAAAUGUAACGGACGACUGGCAAGUGAUGAGGAUGUAUUGCAAAAUGGAGCCGUUUAUAGUCUGGAACCAAGGCUUUGUGGUGGCAAAGGAGGGUUUGGGUCUAUGCUGCGAGCACUUGGUGCUCAGAUUGAGAAGACAACAAACAGAGAGGCUUGCAGAGAUCUCAGUGGAAGGAGACUUAGAGAUGUCAACCAUGAGAAAGCGAUGGCUGAAUGGGUGAAGCAGCAAGCAGAACGGGAAGCAGAGAAAGAGCAGAGGCGCUUGGAAAGGUUGCAGCGGAAACUUGCGGAGCCAAAGCACUUUUUCACUAACCCAGACUACCAGCAGCAGUGUCAUGAGAUGGCUGAGAGACUGGAAGAUUCAGUCCUUAAAGGAUUGCAGGCUUCUUCAAGCAAAAUGGUGUCACCAGAGAGCAGCAGUAUUCGGAAGCGUCCAGGUGAAUCUGCAAAGAAUGGAACCAAACCUCGAAAAAGAAAGUGUUUUUGGCUGGGGUUGGAAGGACUGGAUGACUCUGACAGUUUGGACUCUGAGGAUGACAGUGAAGAUGAUUCUCCUCAUGCAUCUGAUGGAAGUUGUCCAUCAGGCAGCAGAUGUAAUGAAAAUGCUGGAAAUUCAAGUGCAUGUUCAAGCAGCUCUGUGGAGCCAGCAGAGGAUAGUCCAGCUACCAGUGCAACUGAGAAGCCUCUGGAGCAGCCAGAAUGUAGUGGAAGAGAUCUGCAAGGAGAGACAAGCAAAAGUGGGCAACCUGAAAUUCCAGCUGAAGGAAAUAGUACAAUGACUAAGCCCCUGAAGGAAGAGGCCCAAGAAAAGAAUGAAGUAGCCCAAGCUCCAAAAGAAGAGGAGCAAGAAAGCGUUUCUGCGAAGGCACAGGAAACAAACCAGUUACAGAGCACAGAGAUGGAACCGAUAGACCUGAUGGUGUUCAACUCUGCUGCUGAAAUGGAAGCCCUGGGUUUAGACAAACUGAAGAUGGGAUUGAUGGCUUUAGGACUGAAAUGUGGAGGCACUUUAAAGGAAAGAGCAGCAAGGCUGUUUUCAGUACGAGGUCUGUCUAGAGACCAGAUCGAUCCUGCCUUAUUUGCAAAGCCUUCCAAAGGAAAAAAAAAGUGAUUUUUUUUUUCCUAAUUGUCUAUCCAUGUGCUUUUUGAUUUUUCUUAUUCUAUUGAUAUUCUGUAUGGCCACAUCUAAUUCUUUGGCAUCCCUGGAUAGUUUUGGUUUCUAUUCUCAGUGAAGUUUGAGUAAUGUAACAGUGAGUCGCUAGAUAGGGAGUUAGUCAUGCAUUCAAUAUGUUCAGUAUUAAGGGAGUGAAACCUCUGUCUUCUGAUCAGCUUUGCAAAUGGUUGUAACAAGUCUUAAUGCAACAGGUAAAACAAACUCUCUGUGUAUGGACAGAAAUAGCCUUAAUGUUUUCUGGAAAAUGGUUUUAUGACACUGUCAUCACCUAUUUUAAGAAAAAUAGCAAUCCUGUUUUAGCUUUAUAUUGAAUUACCUUUAAUGCGAAUUGCAGUUAGCACAGAUACAACUGUCAAAUGAGAAAUAUUGAACUUAUGACCUAGGUUUAAAAGCUUGACAUUUCUUUGAAUAAACCCAACAUUUUUAUGUGGAUAAGGUCAGUAUAAAUAAUUGUGCUUUUCUGUGGGAUGUCAGGCAUGAUGUAAAUUCUUAAUAUGAGUAAAUAUUUCUUUUAGAAGAAGUUAA